GCAGAGAGCAGAUCUGCCGAGUACAAAGGGUUUUUUCCCCGGAGUUUAAUUGCACUUUAAACUAUAUACAACAGAUGACAAAAAGAAUAUGCUGUAUAAUCUUUUGCUUAUAAUAGUCAUCUCCCAGCCAGGCCAUCCCAACUGCCUGUCAGUUUGUAACUCUGACUUCCAUCAAAAUGCUGAUGACCACAGGAUAUAUCUCAUAUAGAUGUUUUCAAGUUGCCUGAAACUUCCUUUGGGCUGGCAAGGAGCAGCCAACUGAAGUGCUACCCAGUGCCCCUCCUUCCCCCGACAUCCCAGCUCCCUGCUUCCUUUUCCAGCUAACAGGAGGAAUUUGCAAGCAGAUCUCAGGAAACUUCUUGUGAUAGUCACUAUUUUUCAGAGGAGUCCACCGGAGCGCAACAAAGAUGAACUGGAAAGAAAUCCUUUUUCUCUCUUGCCUUGCAACUUUUGUGCUCUUGGUUGUUCUUGAGGAAAGCGACAGCGCUGCUGUGGGCACCAGGAAGGCAGCUGGGGAAGAGGACAAGGAAAGUAUGAAAAAGAAGAUUUUUAUACAAGAAUCGGAUGCCUCUAACUUCUUCAAAAAGCGUGGCAAGCGAGCCACCAAAUCCAGAGAUGAGCUCAAUGCGGAGACCCGGCAAAUGCUGAUUGCUGACGAGCAAAGGAGGGAGUACUUUGAAGAGCAAAGGAACGAGUUUGAGAAUUUUGUCAAGGAAGAACGUAAAGGUAAGAACAGCAAAACAACAAAUUGUGAAACUUUAGAUGGAGGCUGGCAGGAUAUUAUUAUUAUCACUGUUAUUUAA